AUGCCCCCACGACUAGAAGCUGCAGAGGAACGUGUGCAAACUUUGGAAUGCCGCGUGGAUCGACUGAACAAUGACUUGCUGAACCCGGUCCAGCCCAAGGUAUUGACCUCGCAAGCUUCAUUGAGACCGACUGUCAAUAUUCAUGACAAGCCAUCUGAGGAGGCAGUGAGGGAGUGCCGAGAAGCCGUUGGCCUGAUGCUUGCGUCAUGUUGGAACAUGAAAGAGGAGCUGACAUCACUGGAGGAGAAAAUGUCCAUGAGGCUACAUGACUUUGAAGCGGCGUUGCAAGCUGCUGCAACUGCGAAUCAUGACGCCGUACAUGAUCAAUUCGCAGCGCGUAGCCACGAGUUGGAGGCAUUGUACACACGAAGCGCUUUGUGUGAAGAAGGGCUUCAGCAUUUUCAGCGUCAAUCGUCGCUCUUUUCAGAGUGGAAGGAAGAAGCAUCGUAUCAACUCGCUGAAAACCUGAGGCGAUUGGACGAGGUGGAGGCAAGGGUGGAUGCAAUUGGCUCUGGGCUUGAGGAGCUAGCCGCCAGCAGGUCUGGACCUGCGGAUGGCACAGGUGAAGAAGCCAAAGCCAAUCGAGCAAGCUCUAAGCUUUCGAGCGUCCUGGAUGUAGAUGAUGUCCAGAAUGCUCAGGAGGAUCCAAUCUUGAAGUCUAGCGGCACAGGUGAGAGCAAAGCCAAACGAACGAUCUCGAAGCUGACCUCGGUCAAGAGUCCAAACUUUUCCGAGGAGGCAGAGGCAGUGCAAGCUGCAAAGGAAGUUGCCGACAAGGCGUGGGGUGUUGCGAAGAAGGCCCUCAUGAUUGCCGAGGACGUAAGAACACGGAUGUCGAAGGGCAAUAUGUCAGAUCUGCCGCAAGCUCCUGGAUGUUGGCCUCGUAGAGGCAAGAUCUUUGCGCCCUCCACGGGCACGGCUCUACAAGAACUUCAACUGACGCCCGCUUCUAUGAGCAAGCAUUUGUGCCCGGUGCAUCGGCAGCAGUUCGAGCCUGGUCGCGAGGUUGUGGAACUGCAGCAGAGCUCUUCAUGGGACGAGCAGUCUCCAAACCAUGAUGUCCCAGAUGGGGACGUGGGCAAGCUGCCGUCACAGCUUGCGGAGCAGACCAAUGUCAUGAUGGCGCGGGUACUUCUUCAAGGAGCCCAAGAGUCGUAUGGCUUGUGGCACCAGGCGCCACAGCUAGAAAAGGAACGUUUUCUUCCUCCUACCGGUGGCUGCUUCCGGCACCAAAGUCCUCACAGUCGACUUAGCUCCAGGAACACCCGACCUCUCACGGCAGAGAGACCGCAAGUCGUGCAGCGAGGAGGCAUCAUUCGGCCUUCAACUGCUGGACCAUUGUGA